GUCCUGAUUCUUUUUAAUUCUGUCUAGCUACCACUUUGAAUUCCACCAUACUCCGUAUAUCCUGAGACAUCAUGGGUUAAAGGAUUUCUAAUACGACUGACGUCGUCUGGUACCUUCCCACUACCGAGCACAAGUUAAAGCCAGAGACUAGAGAUUUUCUCUAAACCUACAGCAAUAUCCCACCCACUGAAAUCCUACCUACAGAUGUUAACUCAAUCCGCGAAAAGGCAUGGGGAAUCCGUUCUCACGUGUGCACUGGAUAGCAAUGUUUCUUACUCUUACCAUCUUCCGACAUCGGAAAUACGACACAAUUCUCGCAUGUCACGUCUUAAGAACGGGUCGACUUUGGUAUAUGUGGGAAUUUAUAUCGUUAAGACUUGCGUAGAGUUGUGUUGGACGGUGCGCCCUGCACCAAUUUUCAAUCAUGUGGAUCUGGGAUUCAAAACGUUGCGCGGUCAUGAGAAGUUCCAUGCUCAUUACAUUGAAAGUGAUGUCCAUCCUAAUCCGGGUGUGAAGGAAUUGGACGGGAAUUGGGUAUAA